AUGGCUCUAGCCGCGCCCCCUGAGCUUCUAGACGUGAUCUCUGGAAGAAGUCUAGACACCCCGCUAUACACGUUGCACGCAGCGUCAACAUUCACGGCAGAUCCGACUAUGGCCCCGGCGGCGGUGCCGACAAACCUCCUUAUCCCGCUGAAGCUCGAUGCCUUCGUUUUCAACGAGCAAGUCUGCAAUGGGAAUCAGACACAGGCCAAGAUUGCCCCAAUAGCACAGCCCAAUUACACCUUCCUUCGCAUAUCAGACUUUCUCGCUCAGAAUGAUAUCUUCGAGCAUGUCGACCUUCACAACGCGACCCCUCCAGAACUAAAUGCUCGUCUGAUGGAUCUCGGCACUGGCAAGGUGCGCGAGGAACGUAUCGGCGUCUACUUGCAUUGGAUCGUACCCCGACCGUAUCGUGGAGGAAGCGCAGCGACUUCUUCUUUCAAGGGAUCCCAGAGCAAGACCUCGGCCGGAAGGUUUCGGGUUGAUGAUCCAAUGCCAGGCAAGGAGCCCCAGCCCGAGGCUUCUGCACCGACAUUUCCACCUACGCCGAACAGGUGGCUCAUCAUCAGACGUCUAGAUCCCAAUGCGGACACCACCAAACCAAAGGGAGCUCCCAUCGAGUCUGUCAAGGCCUGGAUCGUGGAGAGCGAUCGUGUGCGCAAAGUUGACGAAUUGAGCCAAUUCGCCACUAACGAUGGGGCAGACAAGGUUGAUCUACAGGUUGACGUGUCACCUUUUGUUACAUCCUCGCUGCAGAAGCUUGAGGAUGCGCCGAAUCUAUCCCUCGACGCACAGGCUGAGAUCUUCAUUGGUAUCUGUCAAGAUGCCCAGGGCUGGCAAGAGCGAGGAAAGCAGGUCGACCGUGCCGGGUUGACCGUCACCAGUAGCUCCAAUCAGCUAUUUCCAGAUUUUCAGCAUCACUGUAGCAAUGUCUUUUCCAUGCGUGAUACAUUUCAGUACACUCAGGCUGGCAAGAUCGAAAAGCUGUCAUCAGCAAAUGCCAGCUAUUUCGUGCUGGGAUGGCAUGACGACGAGGCUCAGGAUCCUUUCAGCGGGGGUCUUCAUGGAUCCCGGGCCGACCGCAUGAAAGAUCGAAAUGUGGUGCUGUUCAACAAGCAGCCGUAUCCCACAGAGGUUGAAGAAUGGCUCAAGUCCCCUAAUGAUACACGAGUCCUCUGUCAUGGGGCUAUGUAUGAUGUGCGGUGGACUCGCGACAACAAGCCAGAUACUGUGCCUGCCGAUAAAGCUUCAGAUAUGCUGAACAACAAAAUGUCUGUUUCAGUUGGGACGACCCCACUUGAUUCGAUGCUUACCUACGCUCGAGCCCAUGAUCACCCAGAGAACAGUGUAGCAGAUGACAUCUUACGACUACAGACACUGUUACGAGCCCAGGAUGAAGGUCUGGGUGGGCAUAUUGCUGCUACGGGAGAGAUUCAAAGCUACAACUUUGGCCACUUCGAGGGCGGGGUGCGUUUUCAUCUCUCAAAAGAUGACGAUACGCCAGUCGAACUUAUGGAUACUGAUUUCAAUCUGCAAAUUCUCAAGCUCAAUGCCGUGCAGACGCUGUACGAUAGCAUCUUGAGAAGAGCAACCCAAUUGCGAUGGGAUCUUUUCGCUGUUUGGUGGAAGUACAUCUCUGAUACCGACAAUCGUGGGGGCGGCCGUAAUAGCGAGUAUGCUGCAGCUGUGACUACUAUUGUUUCACAGUUGAAUACGCUUGAUAAUGCCACUAGUGGAUGGAAGGGGUGGAUCGAUCAAUAUCCCAAGAACAAUCCCGGACUCAAUGUAAAAGCUGGCGCAGCCGAGGAAUUUCAUCAGCAGAAAGAUCCAACUUUAUUGAUCGCAGGCGUCAAGCCAGGAUGGCCGCGUGAUUAUCAGGACUCGUUAAAGGUUCGGCUUGAUAGCCAAACUGUUCAAGGCAAAGUUUUCGACAUUGGCGACGAAUAUGGACUGCAAUGCCUCCCGAAGGACCUCAUCGAAAGUGCCAAAGCUCUUACCGCUGAAUUUUUGAACCUCGCAACGCACACAACACCUGAAACGCCACCAGACAACGCCUUUUUUCCCCUUUACCAUGAUGGCGAGCGAGAGAUGCCUGACCGAGACGAGCCGAAUCCAUGGAGGGAUCGAUGGAAUGCCACACAGUCGUGGUUUCCCCUUUAUAUGGAAUGGGAGGCGGAAUAUAUCCACAUACCCUUCGAGAAUUGGAAUAUGAUCGCGCUGGACAGCUCACCGGCAACAACGCAGAGCAAGGUAGCGUUCGCGCUGAGCAAUGAUAUUACCAAUAAAGGUUUCCAUCAAGAGGACACAAGGAUUGUUUCUGGCCGGAGUCUAAUUCUACCGCAACCAAAUUUCUCCCUCAAAGCCCAGCUGGACGUUCUCUUCUCUUCAGUGUCCAAGGAUCGCCUAGAUGCACUGCUUCCGGAGACUGACCGUACAUAUCUCUAUGAUCAUCUCGACCAGCUUGCAUUCCUGUCGUCUCCACUUGCAGGGUUCACGGAGCAUCUUCUGACGCUCUUCCGCGGGAAUCAUGUCAAGCCACUUGUCCGAAUCCCUGGAAGACACCCAGUGGCCCUCAAAGAAGCGGAGCAGGCAGCUGCAAACAUAGGCCUAAUACAACAGCGUCUAUCAAUGAUCGACAAAGAAUCAGAUCCAACACCAUAUGGCCCUAAUUCUAGCCUUCUGGACAAUGCUUACACCGCAUUCAAACCUGUCACGCAUGGGCAGAUGCGCUUUACAAAAGUCAACAUUAUUGACAAAUUUGGACAAGUCAUCCACGCUAUUGAUCCUCGCUACGGUCCUACAAUCCCCCCUCUGUACCCGACCGUUGGUGAAUACUACCAGCCACGUCCAAUUUCUGACAAAGACAGUACACCAAACGUAGCCGAUCCUUCACGCACGUUCGAGGGCAAGAUGUCUGAAUUCAUUCAAUUGCCGCCGUACAUUAAUCAGCCUGCGAGGCUGAAUGCGGAGUUUGUGGUUCGAAAUCCCAACUCUAGCAGUCCGUACUGGGUCCCAGCGAAUGAUUGGGAUCGCCCAAUUUGGGGAUGGAUCAUCGUCAACUACGUCGACAUGGGACUUCAACUUUUCCUCCCUGACGGGACAUUCUAUCGCGAAGUCCGCGUCAGUGAAGGCUCUUCUGGAGGCACGGCUUGGCUGCCGUUCAAGCCUCCCAAGAAACCGACGACCCCUACGCAACUUGACAGUCUGCUCAACAAACUGCUCGAACCCGAUCAGAAAUAUCUUUUGGCCUUCAUGGAUAUGGUCAGCAGAGCAAUGGAAUCGCUACCGACUCCGACAAGCGCCUACGCUCAAUUCGCCAGUUCCCUAAUUGGCAGACCCUUAGCCUUAGUCAACAUGGGGUGGUCACUGGAACUUUCAACGAAGCCAAAGACUAUACAAUCCACCCUCGAGAGCCAGCGACAUUCACUACCCGAUCGGUCGCUGCUUCCCGGAGGAUCGAGCAAAUACUACCAGUGGCCUCUCAAGCUUGGCGAUGUGGACAUGCUUACGGAUGGGCUUGUGGGCUACUUUGCUUCAUCGGACUCUCCUACCCCCUCAAACGAGCUAGAUUUAACCAAGAUCUACACCUAUCCUCGACGCACUGAACAGCCCAAUGCGCGAAGUCCAAGCCCUCCGUUAGUGCCUCUUGAUCAGGACACAUACCCAAAGAUGACGGCUUUCUGGUUGGAUCCAAAUGACUCCGGCGCCAAGUACCUCGACAGUAUUGAGGCGGGUUCGGCGAAGUACGACGAGCAGCGGCAAUCCAAAAUGCAGGUCUUUGGAGCGAUCAUGGAUCCAUUUCUCCCUGUCACCGGCUACAGCAGUAUCCUGCCAAUCCGAUCGCUCAAGCUGCCCACUUACAUGUGGGAGACCGCAUUGCAAAAAAUCACCAAUUUCUUCCACGCGGGCCCCUUGCUAGUUCCAGCAAAUGUGCCGCCCUUCAACAAUGAUUACAAGCUCGUGGACGAGUACAUUCUGGAGAAGAUUGUGCCUGGGUCGGCGGUUGAGAUGCCCGCGCUCGCCGCAGCCGACUGGACGUGGCUGCAGCCGUACGAGGAAGGCAUCAUGCCGCUUGCGGUAGGGAGAGCGGAGGUCAAGCCAGGAUUCCAACAAGGGCCUUAUCUGGCUACGGAAGGCUACUUGCAGAUGAAAAGCCCAAUAACCCAUGAGAAACCACCGUACGAGUAG